CACUGCUUAACAGUUUCCUAUAGUGCAUCAAUACGAUGAAAUAUCAGUGCAGCUUUCAUAAAUUAUUCUUAUUCCUAUUAGGAAUAUGGACCACGAAGAUUUCUUGUGAGAGCUGCUCCAUUUUAAUAAACGGAGGAUUGGCUGAACCACAACCACUGAUCAUGUGGCCAGGAAUUGACUCAACGUGGGCCUACCCCAACAAAACUGGUACCAAAAGUAUAAUCCUAGAAUCUGGAGAUUCUCUUCGUCUGAUAUGCCUCAACAGUAAUUUCGAUAUAGAAGAACUAGUGAAUUAUUCAGAUACAACAGUGACCUGUCUACAUGACACAACGGUAUACUUCAAUGAAGCCAAGUACGAAGAGGUCUUCGAGAACAUAGCGUGCACCAGCUACCCGACGGAAACAGCAAGAAAAACCAGCAAGACCUGUCCGUCUGGCGAGUUGUGCGAAAUUGGUUUCCUUACUGAUGACAAUAUUUUUCAUCGAACAAUUGAGAUCUGCCAUAACGAGACUUUGGCACAUACGAUAGUAGCGAAGUCAAAAAUUCUAGCGGUGGUAGAUGCUGCUCAAACUUCCUUCCCACGUCCUUCCUUCAAGAAAGGUAACUUCUAUCCUCAAAUUUCUAUGGCCAGAAUUUAUACGAGGGUAAAUCAGAGAGCCACCCUUGCUACCAUUGUGGACAGUGCUGAUCUUGCUUUGAAGUACAUACCUAACUCAGGAAAUUAUUACCUAGCCAGAGGACAUUUGGUUGCUAAAACUGAUAUGAUUUAUGGCAUCCAACAGCGUUCAACUUUCUUCUACAUUAACAGUGUGCCUAUGUGGCAAAAUAUUAAUGCUGGAAACUGGGCCACCUUAGAAGCUAAUGUAAGGAAUUAUGCUACAGACAAUGACGUAGACUUAGAUAUUUGGUCUGGUAGCAUAGACGUUCUUACACUACCUGAUAUUAGUGGGGCUGAAAAAGAAAUUUGGUUGUAUAUAGAUGAUAAUAACAACCAUGGUGUUCCUGUACCGAAAAUUCUAUUCAAAGUUGCUUAUGAUUCCAUAUCACAGACUGGUACUGUCUUUCUUAUUGCGAAUAAUCCUUUUCUUGAAUCCAUGACCAGCGAGUAUAGUGUCUGUACUGAUGUUUCUUCUCAAAUUGAUUAUAUGACUUGGGAUAGAACAAGGAGCGACAGGGGACUGUCAUACUGUUGCGAGAUUGAUGACUUUAGGAAAGCUUUUCCAGAUCUUGAUAAAUUCACCACAAGGGGUCUUCUUCUAUGAAAAAGAAUCGUAGCGGUAAAGAGAGUAUUAACGUUACUUAAAUAAAAAUGUGCAUCUGACAUAGAAAAAUAUUUAUUUUGAAAAUCAUUUGAAUUUUUUAUACAACUUUUUAACUGAAAUAUAUUAAUUAUCUGUAAUGUUAGACUAAGGAUCUCCAUGAUAUUUGUAAGAAAAUAAUGACGCUUUUCUAGAAAAUAUGUAUGAAAAGAUUUGAAAUUUAUACAUGAUAAAAUUAGUGUGUGAGGAUAACCUUCAAUUAAAUGUACAUAUAAAUAAAUCUUUUUAAGAAAAAUCUAAAAUCAUUAUCAGCAUUGUUCGUUACAAAAGCAUCAUGUUACAGAAUGAACAAUGGAAGUUAUAUAUACAUAUAAGAACGAUGUCUGUACAAACAAAACGUAAGAUUGAUAGUAAAUUUCUAAGUCAAAAUUCGUGAACAAAAAGCAGAAUGUAAAUUGACCAUUGUUUGCUACUGGAAGAAAUAAAUGGGAAAGGUCCUUUGUAAUAAAA